UGUAAAGAUACAAUGUAACGUUAAGAUUAAUAUUAUACUUUUUGUAUAGUAACCAAUCUGGAAAUUGCACGAGUUUACAAAAAAUGUGUGAUGUCGUUGCAAUGUGAAUUUCGUGCACGUGCGUGAGAGCUGAACAAAGGACACGCAAUGUCCCGCCAGUUUCAUUUGAACGCGUAUCGCGCGGCCAUUGGCUCUCUGUCACGAGCAGACGUCACACAUCAGCCAAUCGAGUGACUCCGCGCCCUCGACGUGCGGCGCGUUCUAGCCUUUAAAAACAGGGGAUCUGUGAAAGUAGGCAUUUUCCGUUCAAGACGCAGAAGACACCGCAGCGAUGGCAAGAACCAAGCAGACCGCUCGCAAGUCCACCGGUGGCAAAGCCCCGAGGAAGCAGCUCGCCACCAAAGCCGCCCGUAAGAGCGCUCCCGCCACCGGCGGCGUGAAGAAGCCCCAUCGUUACAGGCCCGGCACCGUGGCGCUGAGAGAGAUCCGCCGCUACCAGAAGUCCACCGAGCUGCUCAUCCGCAAACUGCCUUUCCAGCGCCUGGUGAGAGAGAUCGCUCAGGACUUCAAGACCGACCUGCGCUUCCAGAGCUCCGCCGUCAUGGCCCUGCAGGAGUCCAGCGAGGCUUAUCUGGUCGGUCUGUUCGAGGAUACGAACCUGUGCGCCAUCCACGCCAAGAGGGUAACCAUCAUGCCCAAAGACAUUCAGCUGGCGCGCCGCAUCCGCGGAGAACGCGCUUAAGUCCCGCGUUUACAGCAUCGGCAUCAACCCAACGGCUCUUUUAAGAGCCACCACAUUUAUUGAACGACACAUUUCCAGCGUUUCAGGGCACAGCACGACGAGUAAUAAUCCGUUAUGAUGUCAGUGUGUAACUAACAGC